UGGAUGAGUUAUGAGAUGGAGAGGAGAUCUGAGCGGUCCAUUCAGUUCAGCUGCACACAAAAGGGAGCUCACAAUGCCUAGAGACUAAAACCGGGAUUCUACACUUUAAUUUCCUCUCUUUGUCAGUCUUUCCUUCAACUGGAUCUUUUGGAGAUGAAGCAAGUUCCAGUGGCUUUGGUUGCAUCUUGCUUUGGACAUUGAGGAAUACCACCCCUCCACUUCUUCUCUGAUUCCUCACAACGAGAAAAGGUGGAGAGGAAAAGUCAGUCUUACCUCUGACGGACCUGUGGCACCACUGAAAGGUGGAGCCAAACCCCAGAACCACAAACUCAGGAAGGAUGAAGAACUGCUUCUAGUGGAUUCUUCUUUCUUUUUUUUUCUUUUUGCCCUUCUCAGAUCAACGAGUGCAAGUGAGGUAUCAAGACACUAUUUUGAGAUAAAAGGGGAAGAGAAAGCAAAGGGAGAAAAAUGCCUUUUGGUGGGUUAGCAGGUUUGAAGGAACAGGUGCUUAAGCCUGGGAAGGAGGAAGUGAAGAACACAGUGGGGGACUCUCUAGGAAAACUGCAAAGGAAAAUCGAUGGUAGCAAUGUAGAAGAAGAGGACAACAUUGAACUGACAGAGGAUGGGCGUCCCGUGGCAUCAGCACCACGUCCUGCACCACUGCUGGACUGUAGCUGUGGCGGUCUGCCCAAGCGGUACAUCAUCGCCAUCCUCAGCGGCCUUGGCUUCUGCAUCUCCUUCGGCAUCCGUUGCAACCUCGGCGUGGCCAUUGUGGAGAUGGUUAACAACAACACUGUCUAUAUCAAUGGGACACCUGUGCUUCAGAGAGCUCAGUUUAACUGGGAUCCAGAGACAGUGGGGCUGAUCCACGGCUCCUUCUUCUGGGGCUACAUUGUAACUCAAAUCCCUGGAGGUUUCAUCUCCAACAAGCUGUUUGCCAACAGGGUGUUUGGGGCUGCUAUUUUCCUGACGUCAGUGCUCAAUAUGUUCAUCCCAUCAGCAGCGAGGGUGCACUACGGUUGUGUCAUGUUUGUUCGCAUCCUGCAGGGCUUAGUGGAGGGUGUCACCUACCCAGCAUGCCAUGGGAUGUGGUCCAAAUGGGCGCCACCUCUUGAGCGGAGUCGACUGGCCACAACGUCAUUCUGUGGAUCCUAUGCAGGAGCAGUGAUCGCCAUGCCUUUAGCUGGAGUGCUUGUUCAGUAUGUCGGCUGGUCUUCGGUCUUCUAUAUCUAUGGUGUUUUUGGGAUCCUAUGGUAUGUCAUGUGGCUCCUGCUGGCAUAUGGAAGUCCUGCUGAACAUCCCACAAUCACUGAGGAGGAGAGGAUAUACAUCGAGACCACCAUCGGUGAAACAAUCAAGCAAUUGAGUGCGACUGAGAAAUUCAAGACUCCGUGGCGUCGUUUCUUUACCUCCAUGCCCGUAUACGCCAUCAUCGUGGCAAACUUCUGCCGUAGCUGGACCUUCUACCUGCUCCUCAUCAGCCAGCCGGCGUAUUUUGAGGAAGUUUUUGGCUUCCCCAUCAGCAAGGUGGGCCUCCUGUCUGCUGUCCCCCACAUGGUGAUGACAAUUGUAGUACCUAUUGGAGGACAGCUGGCGGACUUCUUACGCAGUAACAAGAUCAUGUCUACCACCAAUGUGAGGAAACUCAUGAACUGUGGAGGAUUUGGUAUGGAGGCUACUCUGCUGUUGGUGGUUGGUUUUUCUCACACUCGAGGGGUCGCCAUCUCCUUCUUAGUUCUGGCUGUGGGGUUCAGUGGAUUCGCCAUCUCAGGUUUCAAUGUCAAUCAUUUGGAUAUUGCUCCUCGCUAUGCCAGCAUCCUGAUGGGCAUUUCUAACGGGGUGGGAACGCUAUCUGGAAUGGUGUGUCCUUUGAUUGUCGGAGCCUUGACUAAAAACAAGACUCGCCUGGAGUGGCAGAAUGUCUUUGUUAUUGCGUCCAUGGUGCAUUACUCAGGGGUCAUCUUCUACGCUAUCUUUGCCUCGGGAGAGCAGCAGGAAUGGGCCAACCCUGAAAGCACCAGCGAGGAUAAAUGUGGCAUUCUCGAUGAGGACGAGCUGGCUGAAGAGUCGGAGCUCAACAGCGAGACCAUGAUUGCUCCCAAAAAGAGUUACGGAACCACAGACAAUUCAUCUGGUCGAAAACAGGGCUGGAAAAAGAAGAGAGGGGUGACCAUGCAAGAGGAGGAGGAACAUUAUGGGAAUGGCGACUACCAAGACAAGUACCAGUGAGAUGCCCUGUGGGGCGAAGAACUUCCAAUCACUCUAAUCUGGUCAAGGCUGAAGGUUUUAUUUCACACCUGUGGAGGUGUCAGAAACAUCGGAGAAGUGACAGAAGCAGCAGCAUCAUUAUGUACCUCAAGAUGGCCCCUUUUUCAGUUUUGGUCAGUACUCCAGUUUAACUGUGGUGUACUGUCACGUUCGCAAAACAAAAUCAUCUGGAAACAAGAAAAAAAUUAAAAUAAAACUGCUAAAAUCAAACAUAAUUUCUAUCAGAACUGGAGCAAAACAAGAGAAAGAUAUAAACAAAUAUAUAACUAGAAAUUGAACUAUAAAUUUAAUCUACACUGACAUAUACGGUAGACUACUAGUAUGAAUAGUACAAUGGAAACUAAACCACAGACCAUUCAUGAACCAACUAGUGCUGUGCUAAAAGAACAUCAGAAACACAUAUCAACUUUCAAACCUGAUCGUACUCCGUCUGUGCGAGCAAACGUCGACUGAACUUUUACUUAGAUUACUUUGAAUGUGCACAGUUUCUUGAAAUGUUUUGCGUCAGCUAUGCAACGUGAAAAGAGACCUGCUUCUGGAAUGUAAUAAUGGGUUUGACUGCAGACCACAGUGUUAAUGUAAUGGCUUAUUGUUUCUUUUUUGCUUGUAUGUAUUUGCUGUUGCUAAAUGAUUGCACUCUGUCUGCUGCUUAGCUCGCUCUCCUUUGUCUGAGCGGUCUUUGUUCACCAUCUGUUUGUAAUGCACUUCUUCCAGCAUUACGUCAUCAUUUGUUGUGCUCUGAGCUCAUAAUGGGAUGAAAUGGAUGGUGACUUCAGUGCCGACGUUACUCCAUGAAGCAUUUAGUGUAACUCUAUUUAUUCUUCUGGUGUUUGUCUUUUUUUUUGUUGUUACAAUUUCUCAAUGUUUGAUACAUGGAGACCCAGUUUGUUUCUAAAAAUAAUGUACUGUAAUGUUUCGCUUUAAUCAUAAAAGAGUAUGGGCAAAUUUACACUCACUAUUUAUCAUUACUGCUAAAGAAUAGAACAUCAGUUUUGUACAGUAAAUUAUCUUAUUGUUUGAGAAACCAUUGAUUUGAUUUGCACUUUACUUGAACACACUGGAAAUGUAAUUAACUACAUUUCCAUUCUGUAUUAAGAUUGUUUAGAAACAUAAAAUCCCUGAAGAGCUUGAA